AUGUACAACGAACAAACAAACAAUGCUAAGAUGACCGAGCCAAAGGACCUCCAGGCCUUCCUGCGGCCUCUCCGCACAGAUAGGGAAACUCUGUACCGAUUAUCUCGCCACCUGUCGGACAUCUACCGCGAGCUUGCCUCGAGCUCCUCCGAGCAAUUCUUUCCCACAGCCAUCACCCGCUUGCCCACGGGGCGGGAGACCGGCCACUAUUUGGCUGUCUAUCUUGGCCUGCACUAUCUUCGAGUAGCAUUUAUCGACCUCCUGGGAGACCAACCCACUGGGCGGCAGCCCCCUGUGCGGCGAACGCUCGAAAAGGCUUGGCCCAUUGAAGAUCGUCUACGCCGAGACCAGCCGCAGUCUCUGUUCGCCUGGAUUGGCGAUUGUAUUGCAGAGGUGAUUGCCGACAGCUUGUCCAACUCCCGCGAAGAUGUGCCCUCCGAAAUAAUGAUGGGGAUCUCCUUUUGCUUUCCAAUCAAACAGAAGUUUCUAAAUGAGGCUAUCCUCAUGCCAACGGGGAAAGGGUUUGCUUUGACCUCUUCCUUGAACCUUCAUCAGGCUCUCGUCGAGGGCUAUGAAUGCCAUACCGGCCGCUCGGAUGAGGAUUCAAGAGCCGAGCGGACGAAACGGCAGAGACGGUUUUGUCUGCCCAAGUUGAGAGUUACUGUCAUGACGAACGAUACCGUUGCCACGCUCGCCUCGUUAGCGUACUCCAUCCACUCACUCCCCAACGCGCGGGUCGUGAUGGGUCUCAUCGUGGGGGCUGGUUGUAACUCUGCCAUCCCCAUGAGAAUUUCUGAUCUGGACGAAUUCAAAACACGGCACAUUCGAGAGAAGGAACCGAAUGCCACGGAAACAGUUGUUUCGACUGAAUGGACCCUCCGGGGAGCAACGUCUCCCUUGGAAGAACUCAGGUUCAUCACUAAAUGGGAUGCCGAGCUCGAUGCUCAUUGCAGUCGGCCUGGGUUCCAGCCUCUCGAGUACAUGGUGGGGGGUCGGUAUGUUGGCGAAUUAGUUCGAAUAAUCUGCUACGACUGGUUCCAUGAGACCUUGGGAGUCUCAAGGUCUGAACUGCCCUUGAAGCUGGUCGAGGCAUACUCUUUGACUACAGAAUUUCUCUCGUUGGUGGUAGCCUCUGCGUCUAAUAACGAAAGCUUGGCGCAAGAAUUGUCAGAGCGUCUUGCACCGCCAUCUUCCAGUGAUUGGCGGUGGACACCUGAGUAUGCUGGCCAUAUCCGGUCUAUUGCAGCGGCUGUGCAAGCUCGAUCAGCGGGUUUGGUCGCUGCCGCCACUAUUGGGCUUCUCGCAUGUACUGGAGAACUUCAACUGCAAGACAGAGAAUCCAUUGAAGGUCUGACUGGCCAAGUCUCGGAUCUGUCAGCAGCCCCAAAGAAAGAACAGACACCCUCCGAAGUUGUGUCCUCAAUUUCGGGAUGGCGAAAUGGGCCUGAAGAGUUGGUGGUUGCGGUCUCCGGCGGAGUGAUUCAACAUUAUCCCCAUUAUAAAGAGACCAUUCAGCAAUAUAUUGAUCGACUCAUCAUCCUCGCCGGACCCCAAGCCGAAGGGAAAAGCGUCUUUCUUCGAGAUGUCAGCGACGGCGGGAUUAUUGGAGUGGGUGUUCUAGCAGGAACUGUGGCAGGAAAGAUUGAAGGCAUUGUGGGCUCGACCUUAGAUGAACAGCACAGUCCGGAGACAGAAACAGGCGCAAAGGAAAAGAAAUAA